AUGGCAACUAUCGGUCAAGUGGAGCCCUUCGAUGAGUCCGUAUCGGACUGGGAGUCCUAUCAGGAAAGACUCACUGCUUUCAUUCGCGCAAACCAAAUUCCCGAAUCUAAUCAAGUUGAUGCUUUUCUGAGUAUAAUCGGGCCGAAGACCUACAAGAUACUGAAGAGUUUGUUAGCGCCAGACCCGCCAACAAGUAAAACCUUGGAAGAGCUCAAGAAAAUUUUGCGCGACCACCUUUCACCGCGACCAUCGGUUAUUGCCGAAAGGGCGAAAUUUCACAAGAGAGUGCAGCAGGAAAAUGAGGGCAUAGCGGAAUUUGUCGCAGAGUUGAAACGUUUAGCGGAAUACUGCAAUUUUGGAGCAAAUCUUCAGGAAGCUCUACGAGAUAGGCUAGUUUGCGGAUUGUUACGGUUAGACAUCCAGAAAGCUCUCUUUACGGAAGAUGAAUCCCUGACUUUCAAGAAAGCAACAGAGAAAGCACUGUCACUAGAGAUGGCAACCAAAAACGCGACAGAAUGCCAUUCCAACAACGCCGCUCAACCCAUCAUCCAAGCGAUAUCACUGAAUGAAAAGACCGGGAAGCAGAGGUGUUAUCGCUGUGGUUCAGAUAAACACGGCAGCGGAAUGUGUCCUUUUAAAACUGUCUGCUUCCAUUGCAGAAAAACGGGUCAUAUCAAGGAUGUUUGUAAAAGCAGAAGCAAGGGUUCACACCCGAAAUUUCAGCGGCAAGUCAACAAGAGACAAGGGCACCGGCUGAAGAAAGAAUUCAAGUCGAUGGGUGAACUCGACGAACCUGAGCCAGCGUUGCGGCGACUUGACUCAGCGGGGAGGAACGACCCUAUCUGUUUCACACUGAAUCUGCAGGGCGUCCCACUUCGCAUGGAGCUGGAUACCGGUGCGGCUGUAUCGGUGAUUUCUCAACAGCAGUACCACUCGUGUUUUUCAGGCCUUCCGCUCAAGCCUACGACUGUGACGCUUCGGACUUACACGGGGCAGUGCGUCUAUCCAAAAGGGGUGUUGGACGUCGAGGUUGAACACAACGGGCAGACCAGUCAUCUACCCUUGUACGUCUUGGCGCAGCGGGGACCGCCGUUAAUUGGAAGAAAUUGGCUUCGCAAUCUACGUUUGGAUUGGAACAGUUUGAAUUACAUCCGCCCACACGCAAGAAAGGAUCUGGCACAGCUGCUGGAAAGACACGGUCAAGUAUUUGCUGAUGAGCUCGGCGAAAUACAAGGUGAGCAAGCCAGUCUUGUACUCAAGAAAGAAGCAGUGCCUAAAUUCAUGAAGGCCAGGAGUAUCCCUUUUGCGCUGAAACCGGCAGUAGAGAAGGAACUAGAAAAAUUAGAGAAACUAGGUGUUUUGGAAGCGGUAGCCUCAAGUCGAUACGCUUCACCUAUUGUCCCGGUAGUGAAGAAGGAUGGAUCAGUACGCAUUUGUGGUGAUUACAAGGCCUCACUGAAUCCAUGUUUGGAGGUUGAUGUUUACCCCUUGCCGAAGAUCGACGAAAUGUUCGCAGUCUUGUCAGGGGGAAGGUAUUUUUCGAAAAUCGACUUAAAUCGAGCAUACCUACAGGUCACCAUGGACGAAAGGUCAAGUGAUUAUCUGACUCUUAAUACGCACAAGGGACUGUUUCGCGUAAAGCGAUUGGCUUUUGGAGUGUCUUCCGCCCCAGCAAUUUUCCAGCGUAUUAUGGAAAAUAUCUUACACGGAUUAGAUGGAGUUAUCUGUUACCUUGACGAUAUUUUGGUAACUGGAAAAAGCGAACUACAACAUCUCGAAAACCUCGAAAGACUCUUGCAACGUCUAGCAGAACGUGGCGUUCGCAUCAGACGUGAAAAAUGUGAAUUUUUCAAGCAUGAACUCCGGUUUUUGGGCCAUGUAAUCAAUGACAAAGGCAUUGCAACGGCACCUGACAAAGUAGCCGCAGUGUUGAACGCCCCUGCACCGAAGGACAAGAAGCAGCUGAAAUCGUUUAUAGGCUUAGUCACCUACUACACAAAAUUCCUAGCAGACCUGUCAACGGUUAUGCAUCCACUGAAUACGCUGCUGUGCAAGAAUGUUCCUUGGAAGUGGUCCCGUGACUGUCAGCUGGCAUUCCAUAAAAUAAAGAAAAUGCUAGUUUCAGCACCAGUUCUGGCGCAUUAUGACCCAAGCCUUCCUCUAGAAGUCGGAUGCGACGCAUCAUCGUACGGAUUGGGAGCAGUUUUGUCAAUUACUCUAAAGGAUGGAACAAGACGACCCGUCGCAUAUGCAUCCCGCUCACUAACUGAAAGUGAGAAGCGCUACAGUCAACUAGAACGUGAAGGCCUCGCUUUAGUAUAUAGCGUGAAAAAAUUUCAUUAUUACAUCUAUGGACGAUGCUUCGGUCUUGUUACAGAUCACAAGCCCCUCCAAACCAUUUUUGGUCCCAAAACAGGCAUCCCUACAGUUGCAGCAGCUCGACUCCAGAGAUGGGCCAUCACGUUAUCCGCAUACAGCUUCAACUUGAUAUAUCGACCAGGACAAACAAACAUCGAAGCAGAUUGCUUGUCACGUCUACCACUGCCUGCUACUUCAGAAGUAAUGAAGGAAGAUGAGGUUGACACUUUUCACACCCUCCGUUGGGACACUUUUCCUAUUAGCAGUUCAGACAUCGCGCGUGAAACAUCCAGAGACCCCAUUUUGAGUCAGGUGUUGAGGUACACUCUUACAGGAUGGCCUCACCUUGAACCGCGUCAGGACUUAAGACCUUAUUGGAUCAGGAGGUCUGAACUGUCUACAAGUCAGAAUUGCAUUCUUUGGGGCAUGCGAAUUGUUAUUCCCACUUCAUUACAGCAAGCCGUACUCCACGAAGUACACGAAGGACACCCUGGCGUUGUGCGUAUGAAGGAGGUCGCAAGAAGCUACGUCUGGUGGCCCCGAGUCGACCUGGACAUACAAAGCUUGGUGAGGAACUGUGCCCCAUGUCAGCAAGAAAGGCCUCUGCCAACGCAAGCCCUACUACACCCAUGGGCCUGGCCGACGAGGCCUUGGUCCCGUCUCCACCUAGAUUUCGCCGGCCCAUUUCAACAAUGCAACUUCUUAGUAGCAGUGGAUGCCCAUUCCAAAUGGCCAGGUACAGACGAAAUGGCCAGAGGUAUUUAUUAUGCGUUCAACUUCUACAGACAGCACCCUAACGAAGCUGAGAGAAAUGUUUGGACGUUUCGGAUUGCCAGAGGUCCUGGUAUCAGAUAA